UUUUUUUUUCAACUAUGAAUCCCAUUGUGGCGAUUCUUCUAGAUACUUGUUGAUCGAACGUGAACGCUUGGAUCGAUCCAGGCCUACGCAACUGCAAUCAGACUAACCCACCUUUUAAUUCGCUCUAAUUUGCGCAGUUGCGUGGAUUUUGCUGCUUCGGAAUCCAUUAGGGUUUUCCAUUCCAUCGCAUCCCUGCCUGUAGAUCUUCGCUACAGUUGCUAUGCUUUUUACUUCCGUGGAGAGUUGGUGGAUAGUUGUGUGGAAUCGCUGGUUUUGCUUUCAGGGUUUAGCAGGAUUUUGAAGUGUGUGAUCGGAGAAAAUUUGCUUUGUUCAGGAGCUGUCGGUGAGAUUUGCCAUGUCCUGUGGCCCUAGAAAUCUUGGAGUUGAAUGCAGAAGCAUUAGGCGAGACUAGUUGGACGCUCCGACCUCUUUCUUUGGGAGUUUGAAACCAUUAGAGUGCAUUCUGAGAUUGGCCCCGAGGACUUUGCACCUGGAUGAAGGUAUAGUCGAAUUCCAAAAUGGGGAGCAUGGGAGGGCACAUCUUGCAAGGAAUUAUUUUUCUGUCACUUGGAUUAUGGCAUCUUUUCUGCUUCUUUGUUUCUUACGUGAAAUCUCCACGAGAGUACACAGCGCGCGCAUGGUAUCCGAUCGGUUUGUUGCCGGUACGAUUCAAGCACCUCGAGCUCCACAUCCUAUUGUUCUUCCUUCCCUUGGCAAUAUUUUACGACCUUGGAAUAUCGGCACAUUUUCAACCCCUUUCGAGUGGUUCAAUGCCUACUACCAGCAUCAUGGGGUUUGAGCAUGUCACCAUCCUUUUUAUGUUCUGGCUGUUUGUUUUAACAGUCCUCGUGACCGAUACCACAUCCUUUCUUCCAUUGCCACCUGAGGGAUCAUUCCUUUUCGCCAGUCUUGCAUUUGGAUUGCAGUGGCUAUCCAUUACUCACAGUGCGGGUCGAAGUUCGGAUUUUGAGAGACAAUGUGGUAAUUUGCUUGCGUACAGUGCAGCCGCAUGUGCUGUAUCUUCAGGUUUGCUGGUGAUUCGACCGAAGGCGUUCCUCGUGAACUUGGUGCUAUGUCUUUCUCUCGUCUUACAAGGAACUUGGCAGUUCCAAAUGGGGCUGUCGCUCUAUUCUGAGAGCUACAUCCCCCAGGGAUGUCGAUACGUUCCAGGAUCCAUGGGUGGGCCAGGUGACUUCACAAGAUAUAGCAGCACCCAGUGUGAUAUCAAGCAGGGUGCUAACAUGCGAGCAGUAGCUCUCAUGAACUUCGCUUUCAACUGUCAUGUGAUUGCUGUGGUUGUGUUUUCAGUCUUCUCAUUCGGGAUAGUUGCAAAAGCAAAAGGCCACUGCCGCAGUGCGUCUACAGACUUCGCCUCUACCGAUUUCAAGGUGGAGUCUGAGCUUGUCCAACUGCAGCAAAACAAGCUCAGCUUUGAUCGAAGGUAGCUCCACAGACUGAAUCCUAAAUUCUAGGUGAGUCUAAAUCUCUUCGGUUGUUCUCGCAGUAGCCAACAAGCUAGCUCCUACUUAUCUGAACUCUGUGAUCUUCUGUAAGGAUUUAAUUUAAUUUCUUUUCAAGCUUAAAUGUACACUGCAAUUCAUGACCGAGUGGUCCUGCAUUAUCAAACCGCCCAGCUUUGCCACACCCAUCUUAUGCAUGGGUCCA